AUGGACGGUGGGCCCAAGAAAGCUUUGGUUUUGAUUGGAUUCAGUCUUCUCUGCCUUAAAAUGGUUGCUUCAGCAAAAACAGCUCCUGAAAUACCCACCAUUGACCAGGCAUACUCAAAAAUCAGCAACAGUAUCACUGUGGAAUGGGCUACAGUGCCAGGCGCCACCAGUUACCUCCUCGCGGCCAAAGAUGGGGACACUGUCAUUGAAACCACGGUGGCCAGUUCCCCGGGCACUGUGACGGGCCUGAAGGCUGCCACCUUGUACCAGAUCACCGUCAGAUCCAUCAGCGCCGCUGGCAGAAGCCAGGCAUCACCUCCAAAGCAGGCAAAGACAGUGCUGGCCGCUCCGGUUCUGGAGGUGAGCUCUCCAAGUUCAGACUCUAUUCUCGUGCAGUGGGGAGCCGUGUACAUGGCCACCGGGUUCUCCGUGUCCCUCAUGCGAGCCAAUGGUCUGGGUAGAAUAUGGAAGGAGAAUACCACAAACACCACCCUGACGUUCACCAGUUUAGACGCCGGGACUCUCUACACCAUCAAGGCCUACGCGUGGAAUGCCAACGGGACCCCUGGGGAUGACUCCACCUGCAACCAGAGAACAGGUCCCCGGGCUCCUGCCGACAUUCAAGUCUCUUUCGACAGCGGGGCUCUGACCGCGUCGGUUUCCUGGGCCCCCACGGAAGGAGCCUCCAACUACACGGCGCUGGCUCGCAGCGCCUCCUCCCAGCUGAGCUGCAGCACGGCCGCCAGCGGCUGCACCAUCGCCGCCCUGCGCUGCGGGACCGAGUACCUGAUUUCCGUGUCGGCCAGGAACGAUGCCGGGUCCAGCAGGUCGGCGUCAGCGGUGACCCUGAAAACCAUUGCUUGUGCACCCGGAGGAGUGACGAUCCAAGAAGGCCCCCCUGGCCGCCUGUCUGUGUCUUGGUCCAAUGUGGACCUGGGUGAUUACUACGUGGCCUUUGUGAAGAGUGAUGACGGCUUGGAAGUUCACUGCAACACAUCCCUCACCCAGUGCGACUUCCCAUCUGAAUGUGGCUUCACUUACUUCAUCAGCGUUUUUGCCUACAACAAGGCAGGGCAGAGCCCUUUGGGCGAUGUGUUCAAUUACACCACAGCUCCCUGUUGUCCUAGCGACAUUAACCCCGUGUUGGUGUCCAGCGACAGAGUGGAGAUGGUCUGGUCUCCCGUCCGGGGCGCCGAACUUUAUGAAACCAGGGCAGCCGACGGGUUCAACGUGGUGGAGUGCAACGACACGGCCCCCGCGUGUACCCUGUCUGCUCUGGAGUGCGACACCAGGUACAACGUCACCGUGCAUUCCUUCAGCGAAGCCCGGGGCAGCAACACCUCCUGUGCGUCCCGAUUCGUCACCACCGCUCCCUGCAGCCCCGAAAUACAAAGCCUUUCGAAGGACGCCCUCUCCGUGACCCACGUGCACUGGACAUCCAGGAACCAGGCCGCCACCUACACCGUGACGGCGCGGGGCGCGGAGGGGCUGUACCGGUGCAGCAGCUCCGGCCAGGCCUGCGCCCUGGGCGGCCUGCCCUGCGGCUCCGUGUUCUCCGUCACCGCGGUGGCCGAGACGCAGGCGGGACGGAGCCUGCCCAGCUACAGUGUCCCGCUGGAGACAGUGCCCUGCUGUCCAGCCGGCCUGACGGUGACUCAGGUCACCCAGUCAGUGGUCAACGUGAGCUGGACUGUUGGGACCGGGGCCCUCACCUACGUGACCGUCCUGGCGUCCCGCACGGGACAGUCUCAGUGUCACACCCACCAAAACCACUGCCUCCUGGGAUGCGUCACGUGCGGCGUCAAUUACACAGUGGCCUUAAAAGCAAUUAGCGCCACCGGGCUGACGGCAGACUGCGCCUACCAACGCUACGCCUCUAGUGCCUGCUGCCCGCUGGGGGUGAAACUGUACAGGCUGGGCCCUAAUGGCAUCCGGGUCGGCUGGCGAGCCGCGCGGGGCUCCGCCAACUACAGCACUGACCUCCACGGCUCCAAAGGCGUUUUCACCUGCUCCCCCAGCGCCGGCCUCAGCUUCUGCGACGUCCCGGAGAUACCCUGCGGGGACGUGUAUACCGUGAUGGUCUCGCCGGUGGCGGAGACAGGACUGAAGCUCACCUUCUGUCCCAAAAAAAUAUAUUCAGUCACCUGCUCUGGAAGUACACUUGGAAUGGUGAUUUACAGAGGGAAGAGGAACGCGGAGUGACAGAGCCAGGCGCGAUGAC